AUGAACCGGAAGGACGAAUGCCUCACUAUCAUGCGUGACCUGGCGUGUCUACGUGUCUGUCUGCGUGUCGACGUAACACGCGUCCUAACAGCGUACGUGAUGAAGUCCUUUGACGUCAUGGCUCUCUAUACAAACGUGCCGAAUAAUUCCACUCUGCAAGCCAUCCUCGAACACCUUAUACAACACAAAGGAGCAGUAAACGUAUAUUUUCUCGAUUCAACAGUUGACGAUCCCUGCUCAAUCUUCAGAUGGUGCGGAAAACAGUGCGCACAAAUGGAAGGUUUGGCAAUGGGACAGUGGCUGGCACGAUUCAUUGUCACUACAUUUAUGUCUAAGGUGGAAGCACCAGAAAACGAUCUCCGGUCGUUACUUUACUGCAGGUGUAUAAAUGAUUGA